GCAGCGUCUGCGUCAACCUGCCACAGCGGAAGUGAAAGCUUCAGAAGAAUAGUGGCUAGAUAAAUAAGCAUGUUCGGUAUUUUAGUAUUGCACAUUGUAGAUAUUUCCUACUAACAAAAUGAAUGUUUUUAUCUGCGUCGUGUUGUUUCUCGUAAGUGCCGCAGCUGCUAACAAAAGCGGGGACGAUGACUGGGUGCAUCUGCCAAAUAAAUGUGAAGUGUGCAAAUUUCUUAGUAUUGAAAUGAAGUCUGCAUUUGAAGAGACUGGCAAAACAAAAGAAGUGAUUGAAACCAACUACCGCUUCCUGGAUGAUAAAGGUGCACCGCCAAUCAAAUAUGUCAAAUCUGAUAUUCGUUUCAUAGAGGUGGUGGAGAAUGUUUGCUCAAGGAUUAUGCAGUACAAUCUACACAAAGAGAGAGAUGGAAGUAAUCGCUUUGCAAAGGGUAUGUCUGAGACAUUCUCUACCUUACAAAACCUGGUUAAUAAAGGCGUGAAGGUGGUCAUGGACAUUCCUUAUGAACUGUGGAAUGAGACCAGUGCAGAAGUGGCAGAUCUCAAAAAACAGUGUGAUGUGAUGGUAGAGCAGUAUGAAGAAGUCAUUGAAGACUGGUAUAAAGGCAGCCAGGAGGAAGAUCUCACCAUUUACCUAUGUGAAAAACACGUGCUGAAAGGACAAGACACCGGCUGUCUUAAAGAGAACUGGACUGGGAAAAAGGGAGACACGGCAGCUAUCACAGAGGACAAGAAGAAAAAGAAGGGCAAAAAGAAGAAAGGUAAAGACAGCAAGGAUGGGCAGAAAAAGGAGAAGGUGAAGAAGAAGAAGAAAAAGUCCAAGCUGACUGGCACUGAGACCAGCAAGAAGAAAACUGAAGAAGCUGGAUACACCUCAGAUGAGGAGAUCCAGAAGAAAGUUCCUCUUAAUCAGGAUAAAACUGAACUCUGAUUCUUUGCUAUUUUUUUUUUCUUACACUUGUCUCCUUGAUAUCUAAAUUUAUGACUGAUACUGAGAUGUACAUUGAGUUUUAGUCUAUUAAAAGAAGGUAAUAUUGAGGUCCUCAUUCUAGAUCACUUGUUACAUUAACUCCAUCCAGGAACAAGCUAAAAUCAAAUGCCAUUUCAAAUCCAAAAAUGGAAGCUAGACCAAUCAAACUAUACUGUAGCUUGGCUGUUUGCUUGUGUUUGUUCUCAUGCUGGUUUCAUGUCGGUAACAUUGUAAACAAGCUAAAAUCUUCCUUUCAGGAAAAUGUCUGACUUUGAGGACUCUAGUGUUUUGAAUCAAUGAAGUUGGCAAGCUGUUGGAAUGGAUUCUUGACAUCCUUGUGGUUCUCAUUUCUAUUACUCUGACUCAUCUCACUGAUUUCCUCCCCUAAAAUUUAGUUUAGGUUAUGAAUUUAGUUAAGUUUUCUUAUGCCUACUGUUACUUUUAAUUGCCAUUGAUUUCAUAGUUAAAAAUCCUUCAUAGAUUGCAACUGAAGAAAUACAUACUUGGAGCUUCUUCAGUAUUAAUAUAAUUAGCUGGUACAAAUCUUAAAAGAUAUAUAAAAAUAUCAUAUUUGUUAUCUUCUGUGUAGGAAAAUAUUUGUAGGUUUACUUUUAUGUGAUGCGACAAAUGCAUAAAAAAUUGUGUUUUGUGAUUCAACAUAAACUUUAAUUGUUUUUUUUUUCUUAUUCUUUUUUUCAGCUUGAACAGUCUGAACUUGGCAUCUCAUAAAGUCUCUCAAUUUCCCACAUUUCUCAUUUCAGUAAUGAAGAUAAUGGGAGAAACCCUGAAAAAAAUACUUGGGGACCUUUUCUUUCUUUCUGUUAUCCAAAUAAGGGUGUACCAUUUUUGCUCAAUCUGUUCAUAUUUGUUUUUGCAUUUGCUGUGUUUAUGUCUGUGAUGUCACUUACAGGGAAUGUUUGAGCUACAUUUUUAUUUAAUAUUUUCUUCAGCAGUAUUGUUUACUUAAGCUGUUUAUCUGAUAUCAGGCGUCGCUAUUUCCAAGAGGUGUGUGUGUGUGUGUGUGUGUGUGUGUGUGUGUGUGUGUGUGUGUGUGUAGAGAGAGAGAGAGUGUGAGUGUGAGAGAGCUCCUGCAGGUGUUUGUAUGCCUAUUCUGAUUACUGUUGUUUGGAGUGUGUAUGAAAGUUAUUGACCUGAGGUUGAACUGUAUAUGUAAAUGUUGUAAUGGGAGGAGCAUGUGCAGGUUUUGUGUUUCUUGGCAGCAGCUCAUUAGCUGAGGCUUUUAAUAAGUGUUUGGUGAGGUGUAGAUGAUGAAUAAAAAAGGAAA